UUGAGGCUGCUACGUCACUUCCUGUUUAAACAUGGCGGCGCACUGACAAAUGUCACACUGCUCUUCUGCUGCUGAAAAUAUACAAAUAUUAACGUUGAUCUAGCCAUUUAAAAAAACGGAGCGACAUAUAGGAACAUUGUGCUUUACUACGUUCAACAUCUGCGGAGGAUAAUCCAGCCGACACCAUGGUUCAUUUAUCGUCACUCCUACUGAAGAAGUACCAUGGGGGUUACGUUGUCAUCCGAUUUGCUCUUGCAGGCCACAAACAAGCUAACAGACCCUUUUACCGCAUUGUGGCAGCUUACAACAAAAGGGCAAGAGAUGGUAAAUAUUUAGAGCAGCUUGGUUCCUACGACCCUCUCCCGAACAUCAACAACGAGAAACUUGUCAGCCUCAACUUCGACCGCAUCAAGUACUGGGUCGGCUGUGGCGCCCACACCACAAAACCAGUGGCCAAACUUCUAGGGUUGGCAGGAUUUUUCCCUCUGCACCCUAUGACGAUAACAGAAUCCGAGCGCCACAGAGCCCGAGCUGAAUUGACAGUAACAGGAACAGAGGAUGGUCUGCGGGAGGGACAGAAAGAUGCUGAAGUUUGAGAUUUAAAGCAGGGGACUGAAAGGAGAGAACUGAUGUAUUUGUUUCCUUACUUGUUGGGUGGACUGCUUAUGGUAACGUCAUGUAUGCUAUUUUAUAUUUCUAGUUGUUUUGAUAGCAGCUUUAAAACAUUCACUUUAAAACUGAUUCUGGAUCAAAUUAAAUAGCUAUGGGUGAUGUUAAUGAAUGUAGUGCCACAAAAAGCAGUUUGUGUAUGUUCUAUUUAUAUGACUUCAAUUAUUUGUUUUGGUUUCAGACACAUAACAGUUUUUUUCCAUCAUUCUCUGUCUUACCACUUUCAAAACCUUUGUGGUCAAGUAUGUUGUUUUUUCACUUUGAACCUGAAUCAUAAACUGUUCAAUUAUUUCUA